AUGGCUUCUGCCGUCGACAAUGAUUUGAUCGACAGUGAUUUGCCCAAAGCUGUUAACCUGCUGAAGAGUCUCACAGAGCAGGUUUCAGCAGUUACCAGUCAUGUUCAAGAACUGAUCACCAAAGUUAAAGACGGUGUAUUUAAGACGACAAAGGGUUUGUCAUUUCUGGACCUUCGUUAUCACCUGCUACUCUUCUAUCUUCAAGACCUCACUCACCUAAUCAGCAUCAAGACAGAAGGUGGAAAAAUAAAGGAGAGCGAAGCCUUAACCCGAGUGGUAACGGUCAGGACGGUCCUGGAGAAGAUGCGACCUCUUGACCACAAACUCAAAUACCAAAUAGAUAAACUGGUGCGCACAGCUGUCACUGGCAGUUUGGCUGAAAACGAUCCGCUGCAGCUUCGGCCUAACCCGGAGAAUCUCAUCAGCAAACUGAGUGAGUCUGAAGAUGAAGAGAACCAGGGAUCGACGAAGAAAGUGGCCCCCUCCAGUGACAAGAAAUACAUUCCACCCAAGAUUGCAGCUGUAUACUAUGAUGGCGACAUGACAGAAGCAGACAAGAAGAAAGCUCAGGUGGAGCGCCAGCGGCGUGCUGCGCUGAGAAGCUCCGUGAUUCAGGAGCUGAGGCAGCAGUACAGCGACGCCCCCGAGGAGAUCCGGGAAAGGCGGGACUUUCAGAGUGAGAGAGAGAGCCGUGAGGAGCUACACAGGAAACAUUUUGAGGAAUCCAUGAUGGUUCGACUGAAUGUGCCCAGCCGAGAGAAAAACACCAUCAAGCGAAGAAUUAUGUCCAUGUCUGGUCAGCUGGGUGGCAUCACGCACUUUGGUGACAUCACAGCGCUGACGGGUGGUGAGGGUGGCCAGGAUGCUGAUGACCCCCGGCCCAAGAAAAAGAAGAAACAGAUCGUGAAAAAGAAAACUAGAAGGAAAGCCUUCAAGAAGCACAGAUAGAUCCGUGAAGUUGUCAUCACUUGGAUUUAACCAAGUUUUGGAGAGAAAGAUGUUUGGGGGGUUUUGUUGCCAUGUGGUUGAAAAACAAUAAAUAACUGAAAUAUA